AUGGCAUUGACGUUAAUCUCAUCCUUGGCUGUUCUGAUGGCCUUAACGUUACAAAAUCCGUCAAUCUCCAUGAAAAUCUCUAGAACCGACGUCCUCGGCUGGAUUUGCAACAACAGCACCGUCUCCGACCUCGAGGCUUACCAGAGAUCGUAUCAGCACAGCCUCGACGUGAUCAGAGAUAAUAUGAGGCAUGUCAAAUUCGGGAUUCAUCAACACGGAGAUCCUCCUCAGAGGAUCUACGUUUUGUCGCAGUGUGUUAGCGAUCUCUCACCGGACGAAUGCAGUCUCUGUUGGUCACGUGCCACCGAUCUCCUCUUUCAAUGUUUUCCAGCCACGGGUGGUUGGUUUCACUUGGACGGUUGUUUCGUUAGGGCUGAUAAUUACAGCUUCUAUAGCGAGCCUGUUUCCCAUCAGGACACCAAGAUAUGUGGUAGUGACGAGGAGAAGUCUUCAGAAUUCAAAGGUUUAGUGAAGGAAGUGACCAAAACCAUUGUUGAGACGGCUCCAUAUAGUCAAGGGUUCUCGGUGGCUAAAAUGGGCACUCAGGAUUUAAUGGUUUACGGAUUGGGAAUAUGUUGGCGUACGCUAGACGAUGAGUUGUGCAAAUUUUGCUUAGCAGAUAGAGCUUUAUCAGUCUCUAGUUGCUUACCUUCCAAAGAAGGCUUUGCCUUGAAUGCUGGGUGCUACUUGCGUUACUCUAACUAUACUUUCUAUAACGAACGUGGAUUGCUUUCUAUGAAUUUGACGAAAGAAAAUAUAUUGCACAUAUUCGUUCUUUCUAUGGUGGGUGUCUUGGCUAUUGCAGCUGGAUUUUGGUGUGGGAAAUGCAUCUAUAUGCGAGCUAGUCCAAAAAAGAAGGUUAAAGGUAACUUCCUUGAUCUAAGACUAAAAAAGUUUCACUUGUUUGGACAUCUAAGGAUAGAGAAGGAGUCAGAGUCCAUAUGUAAUGGCUCACACUUGAUGAGCUUUGAGUAUUCAAGUCUUAAAAAAGCAACCAACAACUUCAAUGAGAGUUGCAAGCUUGGCGUUGGAGGAUAUGGUGAAGUCUUCAAGGGAACUCUGUCUGACGGUAGAGAAAUUGCGAUUAAACGGCUGCAUAUAACAGGAAAGACGCCACGGGAAGAGAUCCAUAAUGAAAUAGAUGUAAUUAGUAGAUGCCAACACAAGAACUUGGUCCGGCUCUUAGGUUGCUGCUUCACUAACAUGAAUAGUUUCAUUGUCUAUGAGUACCUCGCCAAUACAAGCCUUGAUCAUGUCUUAUUUAACCCGGAGAAGAAGAAAGAGCUCGACUGGAAGAAGCGGCGUACAAUAAUCUUAGGAACAGCAGAAGGUUUAGAGUAUCUUCACGAAACGUGCAAGAUAAUUCACAGAGAUAUUAAAGCUAGCAACAUUUUGUUAGACUUGAAGUACAAACCCAAAAUUUCAGACUUUGGAUUAGCCAAGUUUUAUCCAGAAGGUGGCAAAGACAUCCCUUCUUCCACUCCUUCUCCUUAUUCAAUUGCUGGAACUCUAGGAUACAUGGCUCCUGAGUACAUCAGCAAGGGAAGGCUAAGCAAUAAAAUCGAUGCUUAUAGCUUCGGAGUCCUUGUUCUCGAAAUAACCAGCGGUUUUCGAAACAAUAAAUUCCGGUCAGAUAACUCCCUUGAAACCUUAGUCACUCAAGUUUGGAAAUGUUUUGCUUCGGACAGGAUGGAGGAGAUGAUAGACAAAGAUAUGGAAGAAGAGAUAGACAGGAGAGAAGUGAGGAGAGUGAUGCAGAUCGGUUUAUUGUGCACACAAGAGUCUCCACAGCUUCGUCCAAAGAUGUCUAAGGUUAUACAAAUGGUUAGUUCCACGGAUUUUGUAUUGCCCACUCCUACUAAACCACCUUUCCUUCAUGAUUUCAUGUAG